GACUUAGUAUAGUAUAUAGAAAUGUUUAUAUAACAAGUAAAGGCGCGUUUUCAGAUACAGUGUGAGCUAUGCGUAGUAGUGUGCGUAUUGUAUAGUAUAUAACACAGCGUAAACCCCCACCAAUGCAUUUUCGCUUAUAUUAUGAUAACAAAUUUUAAAAUCGUUUCUUUAUUCAUCUUUGAUUAUUUAUUGUUAUUAUACAUAUAGAGCAGAAUAAAUUACCAUUUCACAACACUCGCUAUUAGGAAAGUUUUUAGUGAAAGUGAAUAAAGUUCAAUAUUCAGCGCGUCAGAUUCAUUUAGUUUGCUUUACUGCUAUCUGAAACAAUAAGCAAGGUGCAAUAUGUGCAUUUUAUUUCUACACGUAAAUCCUGAUCCCAAAGACAAGGAGUAUAGACUCAUUGUAGCUACCAAUAGGGAUGAAUUUUAUCGCAGACCUGCAAAAACUGCCUUUCAAUGCCCUAAAACGGGAGUUAUAGCUGGUAGAGAUAUGGAACCGGGAAGAGAAGGUGGAACUUGGGUAGGUCUGGUUAAGAAAAACUACCCAGAAAAUGGAAAGGCGUCCAAGUACUGUUUUAGCUGCUUAACUAAUAUCCCCAGCAAAGUCGAUAAAGCCACUGGAAGAGGCAUGCUUGUUAUAGAUUAUUUAGAAGGAGAAAAUAAUUUUCCAGACUACAUCAAGAAAUUGAGGAACAAUGGGCUGGUUUACAAUGGAUUUAAUUUAAUUGGAGUGGAACUAAGCAAAGACCGCGCCCCCAAAGUAUACCAUACUAGCAACAUGCCGCAAAUAGAUUCGGAAUAUACGGGAAAACACACAAUAGGUUUUGGAAACACUAGCAUUUCCAGUCCAUACAUAAAAGUUCUAAAUGGCAGGAAUAAGUUUCUGGAGAUAAUUGAACGAGAUUUAGAUCAUGAUCAACUUAAAGAAGAGCUUGUAGCUUUACUGAAAGAUGACACCAAACAUUUGCCAGACGUGGAGUUAUCGAGGAGAAACCCAGGAGCUUUGGAGAAAUUGUCUUCUAUUUAUGUUGGGUUUCAGCAGGCUGGCUAUGGAACAAGAACACAUACGAUAAUACUGAUUGACAAAGACUGGAAUAUGGAAUUUACUGAAAUUACUAUGGCAGAACCGAUCCAAAUUGAAAAUCCUACAUGGAAUACCACCGUUAUAAAGUCAACUUUAUAGAUUACUAGUUAUAAAUAUUACUAUUUUUAUAUCUACAAAGCCAGCACAGGAUUGUUUAAAUAAAAUUGACCGGAUAAGUGUUCGUGGAGGAAUUUUAUUAAGAUAUCUAUAUCGAAUUUUAACUAUUUAUUCAAGCUCAAUUGUUAAUGUAACCAAAAGUUUAAUGUGUUAUUACUUGUAACUUUUCUCCCCUUAAUCUUCAGUAUCUAGGUAAUUUACGUAAAUUAUGUUCUAUAGUUUCAUAUAUAUUUUUGUAUGCACUUUUUGGCCUUCAGGGUAAAUUUACGGCUUAAACUUGAAAUGUUUACAAUUUGACGAAGUUAUUUAAGAUAAGUGAUACGAACAUAACAGGAUGUUAUUUCAGUCAAUGAUGGAAGACUGUAUAGAAAUGUUGUUAAGUCAAUAAAUAAUUUAACAAU